AAAUGGAUUGUUGAGGUUAGUUUCUCGGGCAAGGGAGAGAAAUGGAGGAAAGAAAGAAAGACAGGCUCCUCCUGGGAGAUUUGGGGCUGAAAGGCUGAGUGACGUAGAGGAGGAGGAGAUAGAAAACAGUUAAAGAGAGGGAGAGGUAAAGACAGCAAAGGAGAGAGAUGAAAUAUUGUUUGCAGAGAGAAAACUUGAAGCUGAGUUUUCCUUUCAUUUUUGCAUACAAAAACCUGCAAAACUGAACAGAAAUGCUUCAAAUCGGGCUCUCUCUACUAUCCGGCCUUUGCCUUCACCUGGUUUUACUCAGCACUGCAGAGGAAGGUCUCGAGUUCCCUAACUUUGACGGCAAGGACAGGGUGUUGGACAUCAACGAGCGCAACUUUAAGAAGGCUCUGAAGAGAUACGACCUGCUGUGUCUGUUCUACCACGAACCAGUGCCUGCAAACAAGGGCCUGCAGAAGAGGUUCCAGAUGACAGAGCUGGUGCUGGAGCUCACUGCUCAGGUCCUGGAGAACAAAGACAUUGGUUUUGGGAUGGUGGACUCCCAGAAGGAUGCCAAAGUGGCCAAAAAACUGGGUCUGGAGGAGGUGGGAAGUCUGUACGUCUUCAAGGACGACCGGGUCAUUGAGUUUGAUGGGGAGCUGUCAUCUGACACUCUGGUGGAGUUUCUCUUGGAUGUGCUGGAGGACCCGGUGGAUAUGAUCAAUAAUGCCAUGGAGCUGCGUGCCUUCGAGAGGAUGGAGGAGGACAUCCGCCUCAUUGGCUACUUCAAAGGAGAAGAUAUAUACUUCAAAGCUUUCCAGGAGGCCUCAGAGCGCUUUCAGCCUUACAUCAAGUUCUUCGCUACAUUUGACAAAUCUGUGGCCAAACAUCUCUCCCUCAAGAUGAACGAGGUGAAUUUCUACGAGCCGUUCAUGGAGGAGCCGGCCAUCCUGCCUGGCAGACCUUUGUCUGAGAUGGACAUAGUCGAGUUCGUCACCCAACACAGAAGGGCUACUUUGAGGAAGCUACGGGCAGAGAAUAUGUUUGAAACAUGGGAGGAUGAUAUGGAUGGAAUACAUAUUGUUGCGUUUGCUGAGGAGGAAGAUCCAGAUGGCUACGAGUUCCUGGAGAUCCUAAAAGACGUAGCGAGAGACAACACCAACAACCCGGAGCUCAGCAUAGUGUGGAUCGACCCUGAUGACUUCCCUCUGUUGACUACAUACUGGGAGAAAACCUUCAAGUUGGACCUGUUUAGACCUCAGAUUGGGGUGGUCAAUGUCACAGAUGCGGACAGCGUGUGGCUGGACAUGUCCAACGAUGAAGACCUGCCCACGGCUGAGGAGCUGGAGGACUGGAUCGAAGACGUUCUGUCCGGGAGGGUGAACACAGAAGAUGAUGACGAGUCUGGAGACGACCAGGAAGUCACUGACAGCUACAUCACCGAGGACAGCUAUGAGGGUCACGAGCCAGACGAGGAAGAGGAGAGCGAUGACUAACUUGAAAGGUUAAUGGUCGGUUGGUCUCCUUGCAGU